AUUGUUUUCAUCUUUCAUCUUAGUCAUCCACGGAUCCACGUAUCGUACAUAGAUAACGCCGUCGAUAAGUGAGAAUUAUCGCUGCAUAAGCUUAACAAAUUAAAUAAGUAUGUCCUUGAGGCCGCCUACUUACCGGUGUUAUUAAUUUUGUCUUCGAACUUAUUUCACGAAGCACAUACUACAUUACCUACCGUUGUUACUUGUUAGCCGAUUUUUUUUUUAUUUACAUUGUACGGUGUCGUAACUUACGAUACAUCAUAUUUUACUAGUUACAACCCUCUCCGUCAACGAUCGCUCCGAAUCGCAUUUCCAUCGUCAUCUCUUACAGCAAUCCCGUAUUAACACCAUGAGUCUCCAGUGGACGAUUAUCGCGACGUUUUUGUACUUUGAAGUAGGCGUGCUGAUGCUGUUCCUGGUGCCGUAUAUGUCGGCCCAGCGCUGGAACCGUCUGUUCCGGUCCCGGUUUUAUCAGGCGCUCAGCGCCCAGGCCCAAUGGUACUUUACGUUCUUACUGUUCAUUCUGGUUCUGUUCCUGUUGGACUCUAUACGUGAGAUGCGCAAAUACUCCAACCCUGAGCUAAACGACGCACACCAACACUUGGAUCACGAAAUGCAGGCCAACAUGCGACUGUUUCGCGCCCAGCGCAACUUUUACAUUAGUGGCAUUGCCUUAUUCCUCAGUUUUGUCAUUAAACGUUUCAUAGCUUUGGUCACCCUCCAAGCAUCUUUGGUAGCCCAAAGUGAGGCGUCACUGAAACAAGCCCAGAGUGCUAGCGCUGCUGCCAAAUCUUUGUUGACACGGGACGAAAACGGAGAUGGUGAGUCUGAGGUGUUGACUGAGCUUAAAAAAGAACUGGAAUCGAUUAAGGCUGACCGUGAUGCGAUCAAAAGUCAAGCAGAAUCUGUCUCCAAAGAAUAUGACAGGCUCAUGGCAGAACAUGAAAAACUUCAGAAGACUGUUGGCAACGAAUCAAAGAAAGAUGAUUAAAAUCUAAUUCAUUAAACUAUUAUGCAUAAGUCUUAGGUACGUUAAAAAUUAUGCAUUUUUGAAUUUAAACUUCAAACUAUUUGUUUGGCUUUUUACUAUUUUUUGGGGUGUGUAUUUUUUUUUUAUUUUUUUUUUUUUGUGACCUAGUAACUAACAUUACUAGAAUUGUAAAUCUCAUAAUUAAUAAUUUUUGGUAUUGUAAUACAUGUAAAAAAUAUUUAG